CAAUAUCUGUUAACUAUAUAGGCUUUCAAGUAAAGCUCUCCCCUCAUUUAGUGACCUAAAACGUAUUCCGUUCAGUUGAAAUAUCGGUAUAUAUUUUGGGACCACGAAAAUCGAAAAGUACUAAAAUUAUUUCAACCAAGAGGAGUGAACAAAAAAAAAUGUCGAAAAAUCCAAAAGAUCAGAAGGCGACUGCCUCUGGAAGAGGAGGAGUAGCUUCGAAGGCCGCAGGACAUUCGGAUGUGCGACACGUUCGCCGUCCGCAGGCUGAGAUUGUCCGUGAGCUGCGUCGCUUGAGGGCUUCACCGCUAAGGAUCGAGGAUGAGAACGAGCUUUGGACCGGCACCCAGGAGAAGCCGCCACCGCCAGACAUUCCAAUUGCGACCCGGGAACAGCUGGACCAACUACGACUGAGCCGCUAUCGGAUUAGCCAGCUGCUGGUCCGUCCGGCCUUCGAACAGGCCGUAACGGGAUGCUUUGUCCGGGUGAAUGUGAAUACGGACGAGGAAAUGCCGGACUAUCGAAUCGGCGAGAUCCUCGGACUGGCGGAACUGGACUUUGGCUACAAAGUGGACGAAAUACCCACGAAUAUAGCCCUCCGUCUGCGCUACGAGGACCUGAUACUCCAACAUGAAAUCAACGAUAUAUCGAAUCUGGCCUUCACCAAGGACGAGUUUGAAUUGUGGCGGGAUAAUUGCGUCAAUCAGGCCAUCGAUCCGCCCACCACCGGCAUGGUGGCCCGCAAGAGGGUCGAGCUCUACAACGCCAUGCAAUCGGAGGCGAAGGCCCUGGCCCUGAUCCGACAGAAUUUCACGCACGCGAUGAGACCGCCGCAACGUGGCGGCAUCCUGGAGCGGCACGGCGGCAUCUAUCCCUGGAGAGUGCAGAUGCCGAAGCCUAUGAUUCCAGAACCGCCACCACUGCCUCCGCCAUCGAAUCCACCCAUAGGUCUUACCUAUCGUCCCAUAUUGACCGUCAUUGCCGAGGAGGGAAGCGAGGAUAUGCACGAUUCUGAUCCGAUUAGCAUUCCAACUGAUCCAGAACCGUAAUAGCAAAUGAAACCAAGACUAAAAAACACGAGAAAUGGCUAAAUUCAAAGUACUCUACACCAAAUCAUACAAGAAAACUGAAAAAAAAAAGGGAAUCCAUAAACAAGAAAUUGUAUCAAGAACAUAGGAUCAAAAAGGGCACUUAAAACUUAGCAAAUGAUAACUGAGACUAUGGAUAUCAAGCAUACACAAGAUUCUAAUAAGAGUAUACAAGUAUAUAUUAUAUUACACUUAAUAUAAUAUAUAUAUUUACUCUUUUUAGACAUCAAUAUAAACCUUUUUUUUAACAUAUAUAAAAAAUAGUAAAAUCACAUCCUAAACAUUCUGUAACAAAUCCAAAACUUAUAUAAACAUAAAUUUGGAAAUAAAAA